AUGGUGAAUCGCGAGGACUGGAAAGUGCCAGAGGAUGUCGUCCACACUUGGGUUUCAAUGCUAUUGAGUUAUCAGUUAAAUCAUAAGUUUGUGAUUUCCAACUCUCAAACCAAUUAUCCCAUUCGUAUUCAUACCAGCGAUGAGGGCUUCCGAAGCAUCGGUUCUAAACCAGAUUUGGUUGUUGUGGCAAAGAAUGACACAAUCGUUUUGAACGUCGAAGUGAAGCGCUGUAACGAAAGGGUCGGUAAACGCCGUGGUUUGCGCCGAAACGUGUGCCAAACGCUCGGCGAAGCCGUUGGCUGUGCUCAGCACAACCGGGCCAUCACUCACAGCCCCUAUCAGUGCCGGCAUCACUCACUUCUGGUCCGCUGCACACACUUUCACUUUUUCGCCGUUGAAAUCAGUGACCAGUAUUUGCUUGAAUUGGAAUCGGAAUCGGGUCUCAAAACACCGCUUAAGAUCUAUCGAAUGAAUGAUAAGGGACUCGACUUCUAUUCUGUCAAAAAUCAUAAGAAGAAGAAAAUGAGAUAUUUUUCACUCGAAAAUCUAUUAUUACUGAAGAAGAGUCUCAAAGAGUCCACAGAUUUGUCGAAACCAGUGAUGAGACCAAUGAGAGAAGCGUUAGAUUUCAUUGCAAUCAAAGCCAAUCAACCUUUCAGUCAGUUAUUGACGAUUCAGUCAAACACUAAUCCAUCGAAUCCUUUGGGAGUUUACGACACGAAGACUGCUCUUUGGUCUGAAGGAAAGGGAGGUUUAGAUGAUAUCCCUAUUCCUGAGUCGUCUCUCAAAUGCCAGUUAAUGAAAGACAAAACAUAUAAAAAUGAGACAAUUGGCGCGAAUCGAUGUCCGACUCUUAAUUUAUUGACGUUUGAAAUGUCUGUUCAGGAUUGGAAAUCACUGUUUGAGCCGUUUUGGGACAGCGGUUGCCCUCGUUUUGGGGAAAACGGAUCCAUCGGUUGGUCUCAAGUGAUGGCUAAGAAGAAUGUGGGAAAUAGUGAACAAAUGGAUCCACAAAUCGAGUCUCUCAUCGAUAAAGAAGAGAAUCAAAUCAUUUCAGAGAAAAGUCAUAAAAAUAUCGUUUGGCUUAAGUUUGAAUUAUUGAGACAACGGUUCCAUUGGCUUCCGGUUCGCACCGACACUGACAUCGACGACACGGAGAGGAUUGUCUCAAGUGAUGAUGUAAUCGAUGUUUUGGUCAGAUUUCAAAUCCCUGACUUUAUAGAGACCAACCAAAAUAGAGACCAACUCUUGAAGUUUGUCCGCAAAUACAUUGAACUCGAGUUUGACAUCAAUUGUUUGACUCAAAUGUCCGACAAUUUAUCGAUGAGCGACUCGUUUGUGGACAAAGAUCUGUCGACCAAUGAGAACGUGGAAUCGUUGGUCGGCGUCGAAGCGAAAGAGUCUGAUCCCAGUGCGGGUCAAACGAGUGAUAAUAACCACUAUAUCUCGAACUUGAGUUCGUUUGUCGUCAAAGAUCUCAUUGAUUAUAGCAAUCAAAUCAAUAACAAUAACGAGAAUAACGGUUAUCCGCAGCCAUUGAAGGACAAGGUGUCGCACCUGCAGAUGAUCGCACGCGCCGUGUGGCCGCACGAGAGCUAUAUAAUCGAGUACUCGCUUGAGUACGGUUUCCUACGGCUGUCGGCGCGCGCCCGACAGCGACUCCAGAUUCCGGUCAAAGUGGUAACUCUGGACCCGCGGGACAACCGGUGCUUCGGCGACGUGUUGUCCCGCACUCUGUUGUCCAACUUCUUGGGCUACGACGACAUUCUGAUGGGAAGUCUCAAGAAUUUGGCCGAAAAGGAGAACAACAGGGGAUACGUGCGGAAUGUGAUCACUGGUGAACACUACCGGUUCGUCAACAUCUGGAUGACCAGAGCCUCGUAUAUCGCGGCCGCGUUCAUAAUGUUGGUCUUCACGCUCUCCAUCUCAAUGCUCCUCCGCUAUAGUCAUCAUCAGGUGUUUGUCUUCGUCGCCCAACUCAUGCAUACGCUUGAGUCCAAUGUCCACCUGUCGUACCAGACCUUUCCGGCCGCACCGCUGCUCACCGUAAUCCUGGCGCUCGUCGGUAUGGAAGCGAUAAUGUCUGAGUUCUUCAACGACACGACCACUGCUUUCUACGUAAUACUGAUCGUAUGGUUGGCGGACCAGUUCGACGCCAUGUGCUCUCAUACGACACUAACCCGAAGACAUUGGUUGAAGUUCUUCUACUUAUAUCACUUCGCGUUCUACGCCUACGACUACCGCUUCAACGGCCAGUACUCGGGUUUAGCGCUCCUCACGUCGUGGCUCUUCAUCCAGCACUCAAUGAUCUACUUUUUCCAUACAUACGAAUUGCCGCACAUUCUCUCCGAAACACAUCCCAUCACUAUUGAGGCCACAGUCAGACACCACACGAACCAAACAAACCAACCCAACCAACCGCCCGACGCACCCCCCGAACCGCCCGAACCCAACGCCAGUGCCGGCAGUCAUGACAACAGCGACGGCGCUAACGAAGAGCAGAGGUCCGACAGUUCUGCGCCCGAAGCGCACGAUUCAGACCAUAACUUAUUGGCAAACAAUACCUCAAACGAGUCGACGAGUGAGAGGACGACCAGUGCGUCGGCCAGUCGUCCGCCGCUCGACAGUUGUGACGGCGGCGGCGGUAGUGAUGGGGCGGAGGGCCCGCCCAGGGGAUCAGUUUUGGCCGCAAAUAGUGUUACGAAUGGACUAAUGGUUAGGAAAUACAGUAUAAAAAGUGUCGAAGAGUUUAUCCAAACGUUGGAUAAAAUGAAAUUCAUUGAAGACCUGAGCGAUGAGAACAACGGCUUAGAAAGUGUGUCCAAAAUUAAUGAACAAACGUUUGACAAAUACUUCAAUCCUGUCUAUCAAACGGUUCCACUCAAAGACAUUUCACCCAAUCAUCGCAUCAGAGAAUGUAUAGUCAAUGGAUUCGUCAAUAGUUUACUGCAUAGCCAUGAGAUUCAAUACAAACUGCCGUUUGAUAUCCACACCAAUGAGAGAUUGUUUCCCAUCGGAUGUGUUCCCGAUUUUGUCGUUUUCUCCAAUAAUCGCAUUGUAAUGACUGUUGAGGUGAAGGCAGACAACACUCACAAAGAUUUUAAUAAACACAAGUGUCAGGCAUUGGCCGAAGCGGUGGCCGCCGCUCAUCACAACCGACUCAACUCUGGCAUUGCAUACCAUUGCCAUCAUUACGCACUUCUUGUUCGCGGAACCACUUUUUACUUCUAUUUAGUCGAAUUGUGGCCAACAGUUGUUUUGGACGCCGAAGAACAGCCCUUUCAGCGACAGUUGCGUCGCGAGCGGCGACAGAGGCGUCACAGAGACGACGGACGCGACGACCGCGUCGUUGAACACGAGUUCCGCCAAUUGGUGUUUGGCGUCGAAGAGCGCGCUCUCGAGCUGCGGCCGGACUCGUGUCCACACCCGAAGAGGCAAUCAUUGGCUCAAUUCAUCGCUCAACACAAACAUCACUUCUUGUGGCCAAAGGUUUGCCGAUACAGACAGUGGACGACACCAUCUGUUGAGGACAACUAUACAGACAAUCAUUUGUGUCGAAAGUGUUCAAAGAGUGUGCAGACAUCGAGACGUGUCACUACACGCGCAGUACUGGUGAUACACCCGCGUUCCCAGUACUGGCCACCAUCACCUCAUCUGAUCCACACCGACACUACCAUUGAAAUGUUUAAUGCAUACAUGUAUAUGUUAUUAGUGGCCGAAAGCCGUCGAUUUUAUCCGCCGGCGGGGACUGAGGAGUCGGACUAUGAAGACGACAAUUACUUCGACGAAGAGGUUACUGUCGAUGAAGUGACCGUCAAUGAGAUCACGACUAAACUCAAUGAAAUGACUACAAGUGAUUUAUGGCUGAAUCGCGUCGAAUUGUCUGUGCCUUCAAAGAAUAUAUCACUCUUCAGCUCAACUGAGGGCAAAAUCUACAGCAAGAAGGGAUUUGUCCGCAUUGAUGAGACCAGAGAUAGGUUUGGUGUAGUGGUGAGUGUUGAGACAUGUGUGUCCACACGACUCGUCGUCCGACUCGUGGCCUCAACCAAUGCAGAAAAUGUUGAGUGCUUUCACGCAAUCAAACAGAUUGUACCCGAAGUAACUGUACUCCAGGCCAUCAAAAAUGGCAUUAAACAGUUGGACGAUUACUGUACCACUUGUCACAGUCGGGCCCACACGAUCAUCACUUGUGCGAACAAUUGUUCAUUUUGUCGAGUCGAAGGACAUCACGCCGACUACUGUGGCGCUGCAAAUGUUGGCUACAAUAGGCACCAAAAUGAGUUGCGAUCGAAGAAGUCAUUCACUAAACGCCAACAACAGCCGCCGAUGCGACCGCUGAAGACCCCGCAGAUCAAACCAGAACAACCAUCACAACAAACAUUGCGUCGAAACCGAUUAUUGUGCGAGUUUUUGGGUGUCCAACGACUGGAGUCAUACUAUAAAUCAAAUCGAUGUAUAGUUCUCUCACCACUACCCAAUGGCCAGCGCCGGACAUUUGCGUGCGAUGUCGAGACUGGUAGCGUCAAUAGAAAGCCGACGGCUAUUGAAGUUCUACUAAAAGUGGAUUCAUUUGUAACGGGACUUCAGGAUGUGGUUAAUUACCACUCAUUUAUACGGGACUGUGCUGUCGAUGAAAUCAAGACCCACUUCAAUGGCAUCACACCUGAUCUAGAUUUGGUGGCCACUCACAGCGCUUCGGGUUAUUCAUUAACUAAUGAAACUAAUGUUAAACAUAUGCUCAACACAUACCCGGAGUUGUCCACCGAAUAUGGG